AUGUGGCUGCUCUCCUCCGCGCUCACGCUACACCUUCCGCCUGCCUACCUCGCCCCCUCCUCUCAACCUCUCACUCGCGCGGCCGCCGCCCACCUCUGCGCCGCGGACCGGCCUUCGGAAGAGGAGGCCAAAGCUCGCUGGCUCGCGGGGCAAAACUCGCAGCACAACCCGCCGCCACCCUCCGCUGCCGCGUCGGCAGCUCAGCGCUCGGCGGAGGCGGAGGCGAAGGCGGCCCGCUCGCCCGGCCUGCAAAACAACUUUUACGACAUCCCGACCGCAGACUUCAAGCGGCCGCACGGAGCCGCGCCGGCUGGAGAGGCGCCGGGAGGAGCGCCGGGCGGAGAGGCGCCGGGAGGAGCGGAGCCGGCCGCCGAGUGGGAGGAGGCGCCACCCGCGGGAGGGAGCGGUCCCGGCGCGACCGUCCCCGCGGCGUACGGCGCCGAGUCCCCUGUGCCCGGUCGCGAGCGGGAAUACGAGGCCUUCAAGGCGCAGGCGGGCGCCUGGCCUGAGGAGGCGCGCGCGCGCUACCGGAGGAACCGGCUCAACAACCGCGCCUCCGCCUCCGCGCCCGGCUCCGGGCACGGAGCGGCAGGAGGCGGCACCGCCGUCUCUGGUGCAAACGACGCGUUGAUCGAGAGCAUCUGCAUGACCAUCGACGCGCUCGCCGCCGUCACGGCUGGCGACCCGGCCGUCGCGCGCCGGCACUUCGACAUGAUCCAGGGCCACGCCGCGGCGGCGCUGCUCAACGGCGGGCGGGAGGGGCAGCCGCGCCGGCGGUAG